GUUUCGAAGCUUUGUUCUUAGCUGUGGGAACCACUUUGAGUAGUCACUCCUCUGACACAGCGAGGUUGAGAACAGAGAAAAGGCAACGGAGCACUGCUUAGACAUGCUGGCUCCGUCCGUAAGGAGCGCGUUGCUCCUGGGGCUACUGUUGCUGGCAGCAGGGUCUGUUGGGAGUGUACCAGCCAGAGCCAGGCUCCCUAACGGCCAGGCGUCUGGAGACCUCGGCGAUGAGGCUACGAAGGUGAUAGACGCUGGUGUGCUUCAGAGACUGUGGUCUGGUAUCAGCACUAGCCUCGGCUCUCUGACGGGCUUUGGCAAGCGUGAUGUAGAUGCACGUAUGAAAAGGUUCAGGGAAGACAGCCUCCACAGGUUGAAGGAAGAGAUGAAGUCACUGUUGCAGGUGCACAGGAGGCCCAGGCGUGACCACGCUGUCGAGACACUUCUUACCAGAGAUGAAAAGGGUUACUACAGACUGUUGGAUCUUGACGAGAAUGUGAACCCCAUCCUGCAGGCAUUUGCAGCCCCUGCGACUCCUAUAUCGAUGGUAGCAUUUGAAAACCAAGACUUCCUCUUUUGGUUCAUUACUGAAAGCUUCACUAGGAACAACCCUGGACGCUUGCACGUCUAUGGUUUUCAAAAGGGAGGUGAUCUGCAGACUACUUCCAUAGACACGAUGGGGGCCACGAAAUGCGUGCCUGUUCUGCUACUGGAAAAGUUCGUAGAGUUCGUGUGCGUGGAGUCCCAGAGAGAUAGGGCUGCGGACAAGACGAAAGUCGGGUGUGGUGUGUACAGGCUGACGUGGGCCGGAGGGCUCGUGGUCACCUUCCACAGAAGUCUGGGCACACAUGGUGCUCAAGACGUCGCAAUAUGGGAGCUUGGAGGUUAUACAUACUUGGCCUUUGCCAAUUCUUAUGAUGAAAUCAAACAGACCGGAGACAUUUCCAGCGUAGUAUUCAGACUACAGGUAACCACUCUGGCUGGUAAAGUGUACACCACCUACGACAAGCUAGACAGCGCCUCCUUCGGCAGCAUGACCGCUCGUGGAGUCGAGGCUUUCAGGAUUGAGUCUCGCCAGUUUGUCGCGGUUGCUAACUACGCUGACGACCUGGGUAACGUGGAGAUUGAGAGCGACAUUUUCGUGUAUGAUGUGCGCAGAGCUACCUGGAAGCCUUUCCAGCGUAUUCGCACAAGUGCUGCCACUGACUGGAAGGCCUUCAACUUUAUCUCUGGACCCAAUGCAGAAUACUUCCUUGUUGUAGCCAAUGAAUUUAAAUAUGACAAAGCUGGCAACAAGAACUUUGAGGUGGACUCUGUUAUCUACAAGUACGACGAUGGCAAGUUCGUACCCUUCCAGUGCAUAAAGACGUUCGGCGCCCGGGAGUGGGUGGUGUACCAGGGACCAAAUGGUGAAUUUGUGUUGGCUGUGGUCAACAGUCAGGCUGGAGUGUUCUUCUACCAGUACAAUGGCUGGAGGUUCGUCCGUAGCCCCUUCAAGGUCUCUACUGCUGGUGUAGAGAGAGCUUGGAUCAACUGGGCACCGAGGACCUUGAACAAUGUUCUCCUCUCUGUUGUGAACCCCUACACGGGUACGGGUCGCCCUCAGGUGUUCUACCUCAAGUUUGAACAUAGGAAGCCACUAGCCGUGUACCACAACGAGACGACUGCUUGGUGUGGCUCCUAUAAGGGUGUCCUGGAGGACGGCCUUGGGGCCCUGGCUGGGCGUGCACGCGGGGCCCCCAAGACUGACCGCCCCUACACCUUCUUGCGACCCAUCACCAUCCACGGAGACCUCCUGCUGCCGGCGGGCCGCUACUUCUCUAGCGUGAGAGAUAUUUAUGUAAAGGGCGAGAAUUACAAGGUUGACUCUAGCUUUGCAAGUCUUUCGAAUCGCGUAGAAGACGUGGAUAAAGCCUUGAUGAGGGUGGCUAAAGCUAGAACCAGGAUUACUGUAUCGAAGAAAGUUGUUGGUCCAGAUUUGGAUGACCUUCACUUCUCUAAUGUCGAAUUCAAAUGCAAGACUGAAAAUGGUAUGGACUGUACAGUGGACGACCUGACUGUGAAAACUAUCAACGGUAUGGAUUCUUCAUUCGAGGGCGCCAUGAGGUUGACCCAGGAUGUUAAACUUACCAACUUGAGUUUUGGAGAGGUGGUGUUGUCGAGCGGAGCUGCGGCCAGUGUUGCCUUCCUCGGUGGGCCGGAGUUCCCACUGACGGCCGUCUCUGACGUAGUCACACUUGGUGGUGACUUCAAUAUAGUUGGAGAAAAGACUUUUGAGGUUAUAAAGGCGAACAACUUGAUAGUAUCUGGAACAGUCGAUUCUGUUGGUAUUGACGCGAGGAACCUGUUGCUAACGGUGACAGACCAGAGGAUCAACUCUGACGUAACUAUGGCGUCACUCUCUACAUCUAACAUACAGAGCAUCACCGUUAAUGGAGAAAACUUCUCUAGCUUCGUCAAGAAGCUAGUUUUAAAUAAUACAAAUCAACAUAUAACUGGUCCCCUGCUUGUGGACGGUGAUCUUGUGGCCAAGUUUAUUGGAAUUGGGAACGUCACAGUGCCGGUGGACCCGAGAGUCGUGGCAGCUAGAGCACUCUUCCACAACCAGAAGGAAACACAAGAAAUAACGGGUGCUCACACCCUCGGAGGGCUGACUGUACAACGAGGCCUGGAUGUCUGGGGCCGUAUUAAUGGCGUCGCUGUUCCUCGAGACUUGUACCUCAGAAACAGAGGAGAGACCAUAAAUCUUCCCACCUCCUUUGAGACCAUUGUGGCAGAUAACGUUUUGGUCAAAACUGCUCUUGGCAAUGUGAAGGUAAUAAAUGGAAAGUUGGACUUGUUGCUCCUGAAUGGUGACCAGACAAUAUCUGGCACAAAGUCGUUCAUCAGCAUAACUUUACUUGGCCACUCUACAGUUGCUCUGACAGUGGCCGGUUAUAGACUACAAGACUUCCAAAAGAUGUUGGUUGCAGAAUUUGUAGAGGGAGUAAAUUCUGGGAGGCGGGUUCUCGGCUCGGUACAGUUCCUGGACACGCUUAAUGUGACUGGUGGCAUAGUGGACGGUGUCAAUAUAUAUGAUAUCCUGAACAAUGCUGUCCUCGUGGAGACGCGUAGCAUCCCCCGCACCUUCAUAUUUGAGAAUGCUGUGAAGGUUGUAGGAGACUUUAAUGUGACAAGACAAUUGAACGGUAAAAGACCAGAAGAUUAUCUCCGGAGAAGAACCUCUCAAGUAUUUACCAAGAACGUCACUUUUACGUCUGAUAUUAGAGUGCACGGAAAUAUUAACGUGAAGACUGUUAAUGGCGUAAAGUUGGGUGGACUUGUCACACAACUAGUCUUGAAAGAUGGGUCCCAAACCAUUGUUAAAGAUGUGCACUUGUAUAGUCCGGUAGUGACCGACCUGACGGUUAGAGGACAAGUUCUCCUUAACGAGGUAGAUCUCGCCGACACUGUAGUCUUAAAUUCGACUACUGUAAUAAGCGGUGUAAAGACCUUUACAACAGUCAAAUUGUUGUCUAAUGUGGUUGCGGGUGUGGUGAAGCUGGCACCACUUGGCACUGUGGACGGCGUGGUGUUUGAUGAACUCUUCUUCAGUAACUCGCUACGAAAAUCUGGCGGACUACAGCACCUGGUGGGCAGGAACAUUAAUGUACUAGCGGCGUCCACUGUCAGUGGCACGGACCUCGCUGCCUUCGAGAAGAGUUUAGUACACAAGGACGGGACUCUGGCUCUCAUCACCGGGACUCUCACCUUUACUGGCCCAGUCACUGUUCACAACUUAACAUUCGCCACCAGCUUUGACGGCGUGUCAGCCGAGACCUACAAGUCUUCGUGGGUGAUGAAGACUGGCAGCCAGUCCUUGACGGGAGUGAAUGUCAUGCAGAGUUUGGAAGCUUCUCAAGUUACUUUUUCGGGACGUCUAAUUAAGGGUGCCAACCUGGACCGUCUAGUGAGGCACACUGCCAAGAUUGACGAGCCUACCACUCUACAAAUGGUCUCGUUUGGUAGAAUGAUCUCGGUUGGAGAGGUUAUCUUGGAUGGCAAAAUACAAGGCUGGAACUUGAAUAAAGAAGCUUUAAGAUCUGAUGGACUCGGUCAAAAGGUGACUGGGAGGAAGGUGUUCAGGUCGCCUGUCCACUACACCGGAGCGUUCUCAGUGUCACAGAACAUUGUGGUGAAGAACUCUCCGGAGGAUGCCCCUCUGGCUAUAGAUGUUGGAAGGCUGUGUGUGAGGGUAGGCAAGCCCGGCACCACCAUAUACUUGAAGCAGUGGACCAUCGGUGGUGAUGUCCACUUUGGAGGAACCCUUACACUGACCGAUUCUCUGAACGGCGAAGAUGUGUCCACACUAAGGGAUGUGUUCUGGCUUACUGAUGUUCCCAAUGUGAUUGCUUCAGUAGUGUCCUUCGCCUCUGUGAACCAUGGCGCCCAUGUUAAUCUCGUGCUGGAUGUUAUGGGAAAAAUAAAUGGCCACGACCUGGGAGUCGUGUGGGACCAGAUGUUGAAAAAAGAAUGCCGGGGACAAAUGGUUAAUGGCGAGUUCACUAUGGACACAUUAACAGCAGAGGCAGUAAUUACAGACGUGGUGUACAACCCACCAGACAAUAUUGGCGUAACUGAUCUUCUUCACGUUUUCAUGAAAGACGGGUACCAAGAAAUAACUGGUAGACUGAAAAUUGCCAAACUGGAAGCAAAGAGUGAUAUAAUCUUGAAUGGUACUCUUAAUGGGCUGAGAAUCGGCACCGAUUUUGUCCAGUACGGAAAGACUGCUGUAAUCACAGGAAGGAAAACCUUCCUUCAAAAUCUUAUUGUCAGAGGAAACUUGACUGUAGUGGAAGAAGCAACGAUUCAGGGUGUGGACGUGUCUGAACUCGGGAGACUUGCCAUCGGAACCUUGAGUGGGGCGACGUACAAGAUUCCUGGCGUUACCACCUUCAAAGGACUAACAUAUAAUGGCUUGGAUUUAAGAGUGUCCGGUACUGUUGAUGGCGUCCUGGUGAGGCAGGACACGCUGCUGCUGAGGACUGGCGACCAGGAGAUGACUGGAAGCCUGAAGCUUAACCCAGGACCAUCUGGCGUUACACUCGAAGCCGGUUCCGUGAUAAUUCUAGACAAUAGAUUUAACAAAAUGGAUCUUGGUAGGCUCAAGAACUUGACGGUAAAGAUAAACGCCCCAAGUAUCGUUAAAGCGCCAAUUACCUUCGUGGACACUUGUUAUUUUAACACCGUGACCUUGGUGAACGACCUUAUCAAUGCUUACAACAUAAGCGACCUCGGGAGGGUCAUUAACGGGGACUACCUCGUUAGCAUGGGUGAUCACCUCGGCGUCGCUCUGAACACUGCUCACAAAACGAAGGCUGCUCUGGCAGACGAAGAUGCAGAAAUUUGGUAUUACGAAGAGAGUUCUUUGGAGUCUGUCUACAGGUUCUUGGCGGUCACGUUACAAGGAGACUACCUGCAGCCAAAGGCGUAUGACACUCUGGUUGGCCUGGACAAAAAUAAUUUGGUCGCUACAUACCGCAUUGCUUCUAACUUCCCCAGACUUUAUCGUGCAGUGAGGGUGUUGGAUCCUGUGAGUGUUGCAGGUCUGGGUAGUGGUCUGCUCGCUACCUGUGGGGGCAGCCUAAUGAACAUGACGUCACAGCUCAACAAGACUUUAGACUUUAAUAUGAUACCCCUAGAGAGUGGGGUCCAGAGCAGCUACGGACACAUCCACUCACUAGCUGGGCAAAUUGGACUUGAAGCUGCUUUUGGCAUUGUUCAGUGUAAAGACCUAGUGAGCUUCAGGCUGAAGGACAACAGACGGUGCCUGGCCGUGCUGGACUACGUCGCCAGCUCUACUGUCGUGUGUGGGCUCCCGUCCUCUGGGUUCAGGCUCUUGAACUACCUCCAUACUACCAGGGCUGUUAAGGGAGCAUGGCUGAGUCAGGGGCACGACACCUACCUGGUGGUGGCAGAGGAAGGGAGCGACUUCGAGCCAGGUUACCUCAAGCUAUUCAGACAUGAUGAAAAGACUGACAAAAUGCAACUGGUUAGGACACUAGCAGUUGCUGGGGCUUCAGAUGUUGAUGCCGUGUCCUGGGAGAGUCGGGCAGUUGUUACCGUCACAACCUUACCAAACAGGUUCUGCAAUUCAUCAGUACUCGUGUUUAGCGUAAAGUCUGAACAUAACCUUGAAGUCAAAAUGCUCCAGAAACUAGAAAUCGAUGGGGUUGUUCAUGGCCGGCUGUCCCUCACCCCACUUGGUGAGGUCGGACUCUUCAUGCAGAGGCGGAGGGAUCUCCUGAUCUAUUAUAUGAAGGGUGGAAAAUUUGUGUUUGGCAGGAAGAUAAAAACUACACCUUCGUUGUGCCCAUCGUCCUUCCCGUUCGUGUAUGGUAAUCCGGGCACCCUCAUGAUCUCCUACUCCGGGCUGGGGUGGCUGGAGGCCCAGGACGACGAGGACGCCCUUAGUCUCGUUCCCUCUACAAUGUAUAACGCUGUGUACAGAGGCAAGAUGAAGUGAACACUGGAAACCAGAGUACUUGACUGUAUAAUUAUUUUACUAAAUAAAUGCUAGCUCCCUUAAAA